AGGCGCGUUCGUUGCCUUGGUGACACCUGAAGGGGCAGGCCCACCCGCUGCUUGGGCGGAACUGAGGACUCUGUGCUUCCAGCGCGGGGCCCAGAUGGGCGGGGCUCUGUCCCCGGAGUAACCGGUUGGCGGCCUCGGUGAUGCUGUGUUCCUGUCGCCACGGCCGGUUUUCGUCCUGAGAUCCUGUAGCCAUGAAUCAUAGUGAGAGAUAUGUUUUCAUUGCAGAGUGGUAUGAUCCAAAUGCUUCACUUCUUCGUCGUUAUGAGCUUUUGUUUUACCCAGGGGAUGGAUCUGUUGAAAUGCAUGAUGUGAAGAAUCAUCGUACGUUUUUAAAGCGGACCAAAUAUGAUGACCUGCGCUUAGAAGAUUUAUUUAUAGGCAACAAAGUAAAUAUCUUUUCUCGACAACUAGUAUUAAUUGACUAUGGUGAUCAAUAUACAGCUCGUCAACUGGGCAGUAGGAAAGAAAAAACAUUAGCCCUGAUUAAACCAGAUGCAGUAACAAAGGCUGGAGAAAUAAUUGAAAUAAUAAACAAAGCUGGAUUUACUAUAACUAAACUUAAAAUGAUGAUGCUUUCCAGGAAAGAAGCAACUGAUUUUCAUGUAGACCACCAGUCAAGGCCGUUUUAUAAUGAGAUGAUCCAGUUUAUUACAAGUGGUCCUGUCAUUGCUAUGGAGCUUUUAAGAGAUGAUGCAAUAUGUGAAUGGAAAAGGCUGCUUGGACCUGCAAACUCUGGGGUGGCUCGUACAGAUGCUCCUGGAAGCAUUAGAGCCCUUUUUGGAACAGAUGGCAUAAGAAAUGCAGCUCAUGGCCCAGAUUCUUUUGCUUCUGCUGCCAGAGAAAUGGAGUUAUUUUUCCCUUCAAGUGGAGGUUGUGGGCCAGCAAACACUGCAAAGUUUACCAGUUGUACCUGUUGCAUCAUUAAGCCCCAUGCUGUCAGUGAAGGACUGUUGGGAAAGAUCCUGAUGGCUAUUCGAGAUGCGUGUUUUGAAAUCUCAGCUAUUCAAAUGUUCAAUAUGGAUCGUGUUAAUGUUGAAGAAUUCUAUGAAGUUUAUAAAGGUGUAGUGACAGAAUAUAAUGAGAUGGUGACAGAAUUGUAUUCUGGCCCUUGCGUAGCAAUGGAGAUUCAACAGAAUAAUUCUACGAAGACAUUUCGAGAAUUCUGUGGACCUGCAGAUCCUGAAAUUGCCCGGCAUUUACGCCCUGGAACCCUUAGAGCAAUCUUCGGUAAGACUAAGAUCCAAAAUGCUGUUCACUGUACUGAUCUGCCAGAGGAUGGCCUGUUAGAGGUGCAAUACUUCUUCAAGAUCCUGGAUAACUAACAGUUCAGAAAGUAUGGAAGCCGGACUGGGGCAUUUGGACGAGAGUGAUCACGCAUGUGAGGAAUGUGUUCAUUCUUUUAUUGUCCGUUGUUUUAACCUGACUGAUACAAGAUCAACAAGAGCACUGUACUCCUGGCAAUUAUUACAUAUGUUAGAACAUGGAUCUGCACUGUAGACAACAUUUAACACCAGUCUAUGGGGUACUGCAUUGCUUUUUAUAAAGUUCAAAAUAAAGAUUUAUUUUCAAACAAG